AGGAAAUAUUCGCCCUUCCGACGCUGGGUGGGGAUGUUGGCCGCGGACCGGCUCGUCCCUCGGUCCGCCCCGGCUUUGCAGGCACAGGGAGACAAAAAAACCGUGGGAGCUGCUCGGAAAGGAGUCGGAAUACUCGGGAGCUUCCAGAUUCCCUCACCCCAAGAUUACUGGCAAACACCGCUCCGCUUCGGACGCUAUUUAAAAAUGUUGGGAGCCGCGGAGGACGGCGGGUGCCUUUUUCGGAGACUGAUGACGUGUGGGAGACGGAGCGGAGACAGCAAGAGGCAAGUGAUCUUGUUUAUUCUGUGCUUUUGCGUGUGUCAGAGCGGGGCUGAAACCCUCCGCUACUCUCUGCCGGAGGAAAUGGAGAGGGACUCCUUUGUCGCCAAUAUUGCAAAGGACCUGGGGGUUCCUGUGAGCCAGCUCGCGGCUCGCAAGGCCCGCGUUGUGUCUGAGGGGAGCGAGCAGCUUUUCCGUCUCAAUCAAAACACCGGAGUCCUGACGGCAAAGGAGUCGCUGGACCGAGAGGAGAUCUGUCCGCAGAGAGAUACCUGCACGCUCGUCUUUAAGAUAUUCUUUGAAAAUCCGCUGCAGUUGAUCCGAGGGGAGGUGGAGAUUCGUGACGUAAACGACAACUCCCCCGUGUUCCCGGAGAAGGAGAUAGUUUUAAAGAUUCUAGAAACAGCAUCUCCCGGGUCCCGUUUCCCCCUGGAAAGCGCCCAGGACAAGGACGUGGGCAGCAACGGUUUGCAGAACUACAGCCUCGGGUCCAAUCCGUAUUUCUCCCUCGCUAUCGGAACAGGGAAAGACGGAGUAAAAUAUGCGGAGCUCGUCCUACAGCGCGAACUCGACCGUGAAGAGCAAGGGGAGCUGAAUUUACUUCUCACCGCCAUCGACGGGGGCUCGCCACCCAGGUCGGGCACGGCUCAGGUCCGGAUCGUGGUGCUGGAUGCCAAUGACAAUAUUCCGAUCUUCGAAAGGGAGGUCUAUGAGGUGCGCCUGUCUGAGAACAGCCCCUCAGAGCAACUGGUGGUCAGAGUUAUGGCCACGGAUCCCGACGAAGGGUCCAACGGGAAACUGCAGUACGCCUUCACCCAGACAUCGGAGCGAUCCCGGGAGCUCUUCCAGCUGAACCCGGUCACCGGGGAGAUACGAGUAGCGGGCAACCUGGAUUUCGAGGAAGCAAAAACCCACAUGAUGGUGGUAAAAGCCACUGAUGGCGGGGGGCUUUCUGCGCAUUGCAAAGUGCAGGUAGAAGUCCUGGACAUGAAUGACAAUGCCCCGGAGAUAACGCUGACCUCUCUCACCGCCUCCAUUCCCGAGGACGCCCCGCCGCGUACCGUGGUGGCUCUGUUCAGUGUGCGGGACCGGGACUCCGGGGACAACGGCAGGACAGAGUGUUCGAUCGACGGGGACUUGCCAUUCAGCCUCACCCCCACUUUUGAUAAUUAUUACGAACUGAGAACAAACGCGGCGCUGGACAGGGAGAGCACGGCGCAGUAUAACAUCACCAUCACAGCCACGGACUGGGGCAGGACGCGGCUGAGCUCUCGGGAAAACAUCUUCGUGCAGAUAUCGGAUGUGAACGACAAUCCCCCAGAGUUCACCCAGGAGAUUUACACCAUGUCUGUCACGGAGAACAACAGCCCCAUGCUCCGGAUCGGCAGCAUGAACGCCACGGACGCCGACGCAGGAAAAAACGCCCGCGUGAACUACGCGCUGAUGCGGCAGGAGGGCAAGGAGCCUCCCGAGGUGUCAGUCAACGCUGAAAACGGGGAUGUUUAUAUCCUCCGCCCACUGGACUACGAGAAGGUGCGUGCCUUUGAGGUGUCGGUGCUCGCCAGUGACAGCGGUUCGCCGCCGCUCAGCGCCCAGGCGCUGCUACGCGUCGUGGUGCGGGACGAGAACGAUAACGCGCCCGUGGUGCUGCACCCGACCCCCGACAGCAGCGCGGCGGGAGAGUUGGUGCCGCGCUGGGCACCUUCGGGCUACCUGGUGGCCAAGGUGGUGGCGGUGGACGCGGACGCGGGGCAGAACGCGUGGCUGUCGUACGAGCUGGCCAAGGCGACGGAGCCGGGGCUGUUCCGCGUGGGGCUGCACAGCGGCGAGGUGCGCACGGCGCGGGCCGUGUCGGAGAGGGACGCGCCCCGGCAGAGGCUCGUUGUGCUGGUGCGGGACCGCGGGCACCCGCCGCGCUCCACCACCGCCAGCCUCGCCGUCGCGUUGGUGGACGGCUUCUCCGAAGCGCAUUUACGGGUGAGCGAGGAGGCACCGGCCGCUGAUCCCGACGGGCCGCUCACCCUCUACCUCAUCACCUCCCUGGCCUGCGUGUCGGCGCUGUUCCUCGCCACCGCGCUGGCCGCCGUGGUGGUGAAGGUGCGGCGGGCCAAGCGGAGCGAGACGGAGACCUUGCCCACGUUCCCGACGAUAGCCACGGAGAGCAGUGCGGGCUCCCUGCCCCGCAGCUACCUGUACGAUGUCUGCUUCGCCGCCGGGACCGUCAACAGCGAGUUUCGGUUCCUCAGACCCCUCUUCCCCUGCUUCCCCGCCGGGCUGCCUCCCGGCCCGGGCGAGCAACGGAGCUCAGUGUGCUCGCAAGAUGUGGCAAACCUCGGGGAGGAAGGCGACUGGGCUGCACAGGGCAGAGGCCCCCUCUCUGAAGACACAGGACCCGGAGCUGCAGAAGCAGCUUGCACUGCAAACGGGGGGCUGGGGUUAAAUGUCACUUCUGAUCAAAACCCCUGGCUCAGCCAUCAGCUUUGUGCUGGGAAAUCUUCGCGUCCUUUCGCAGAUCGGCCGCCUGGUGCCACUGCUGACCGCGGAGGCUCCACGCAUCUCCCGGUUUCCAUCUCCGCCGCCCCCGGGAUUCGGGUGGGCGGGGCUGCACCAUCUCAGACUGCUCCGUCCGGGGGUCUGCAGGCUGUAUCGGCAGCUCCAUCCAGCUCGCAGGAGGGGAGAUCGGGUCGCAGGAGGAGAAUGAAGCUGAGGAAGAGCGAGGAGCCGCUCCCGGGGCGAACGGUGGCUCUGUUCCUUCUCCUCUGUGUCUCGGGGAUGAGAGCAGAAAUCGCUCGGUACUCUGUGCCCGAAGAGGCGGAGAGAGGUUCCUUUGUGGUGAAUAUCGCUAAGGAUUUGGGACUGACCGCUGAGGAAUUAUCGGCUCGUCAGGCGCGACUCGUUCCUGAUGGAGAAAAGCAGUAUUUACAGCUGAACCAGCACACAGGGGAUUUGGUGGUGAGAGAGCAGAUGGACCGGGAGGAGCUGUGCGGACAGAGUGAGCCUUGCCUGGUGCGUUUCGAGGUGCUGCUGGAGAACCCACUGCAGUCCUUCCGAGCUGAGGUAAGACUCACCGACAUUAAUGAUCAUGCUCCUGUGUUCUUAAAUAAAGAGAUAGUUUUAAAGAUCCCGGAAUCUGCAAUGCCAGAGACUCGAUUUUUGUUGGAAAGCGCUCAGGAUCCAGAUGUGGGGAACAAUAGUCUUCAGCAUUAUAGUAUCAGCUCCAACGAGUAUUUCCAUGUGUACACCCGGCGGCGAAAUGACGGCAGGAGGUACGCCGAGCUGGUGUUGGAUCGACCCCUGGAUCGGGAGCAGCAGGCAGAAGUUGCUUUCAACAUCACUGCUGUGGAUGGUGGGACUCCACCGCGCUCUGGUUCAGCCUUAAUCCGCGUGGUAGUCCUAGAUAUAAAUGACAACAUCCCAGUAUUUACUAGGAGUCUGUAUAAAGUCUCCAUUAGGGAAAAUAGCUCCCAGGAUACCUUAGUGGUGGUGGUGUCUGCUAGCGAUUUAGACUCAGGAACGAACGGGGAAAUAACCUAUUCAAUUGUUCAAAAUUCAAAGGAAAAUUUCGAGACGUUUCAAAUAAAUCCAGAGACAGGCCAGAUUCGACUCAAAAAGCCUUUGGAUUAUGAAGAAACAAAGACCUAUGAGAUAGACGUCCAGGCAACAGAUGGAGGGGGCCUAUCCGCGCACUGCAAGGUGGAGGUGCAGGUGGAGGACGUGAACGACAACGCCCCCGAGGUGAUCAUCACCUCCCUCACCAGCACCCUCUCGGAAGCAGCCCCGCCGAACACCGUGGUCGCUCUCUUCAACGUGCGGGACCGGGACUCGGGGGACAACGGCAGGACGACCUGCGAGCUGGCGGGUGAGCAACCUUUCAGCAUCUCGCUGCUGGCAGCCGACGCGUACGCGCUGGUGACAUCGGAGGCACUGGACCGGGAAGAGGUGUCAGAGUAUAACGUGACGGUGCGAGCCCGUGACCAAGGCUCCCCCGCGCUUUCGACGUACAAGACACUGCUCGUGCGGCUCUUGGAUGUGAACGACAACGCGCCCACCUUCAUCCAGGACAUUUACACCAUGGUGAUGAGUGAAAACGAGCCGGCGGGGACGAGCCUGGGCCGCCUGAGAGCCACAGACGCUGACGCGGGAGAAAACGCACAUGUGAGAUACGCAAUAGAGGCACCUCCACCGGGCACCCCCGUCACGGCAUCGUUCGUGUCCGUGGAUGCGGAGAGUGGAACCGUCCGGACAUUGCGCCCACUGGACUAUGAGAAGGUGCGUGCCUUCGAGCUGGUAGUGCGCGCCAGUGACGGCGGUUCCCCGCCGCUGAGCACCCAGGCGGUGCUGCGAAUCGUGGUGCAGGACCAGAACGAUAACGCGCCCGUGGUGCUGCACCCGCCCUCCGGCAGCAACCCGGCGGGAGAGCUGGUGCCGCGCUGGGCACCUUCGGGCUACCUGGUGGCCAAGGUGGUGGCGGUGGACGCGGACGCGGGGCAGAACGCGUGGCUGUCGUAUGAGCUGGCCAAGGCGACGGAGCCGGGGCUGUUCCGCGUGGGGCUGCACAGCGGCGAGGUGCGCACGGCGCGGGCCGUGUCGGAGAGGGACGCGCCCCGGCAGAGGCUCGUUGUGCUGGUGCGGGACCGCGGGCAGCCACCGCGCUCUGCCACCGCCACGCUCGCUGUCGCACUGGUGCACGACUUCUCCGACGCCUCCAUGCAGCUCGACCACGAUCCUGCGAGCAGGCAGCAGCCGCAGGUAGCUGAGGAGGACCAGCUCACCACCUACCUCAUUGCCUCCCUGGGCUGCGUCUCGUCACUCUUCCUCCUGUCCGUCAUCGGCUUGGUGACAGCCAGGCUGUGCAAGGCUCGCCUCCGGGCACACCUUUCACCUCCCUCUGCCAAUUGCUACGCGGAUGGAGAUUUCGCCAGCGACGGCGUGGACGUGGGCGGGAUGGGCACUCUGUCACCGGCUUACCGCUACGAGGUGUGCCUGACCACCGGCUCGGGGAGGAGCGAAUUUCAGUUCUUGAGGCCCGUCCUGCUCAGCCCGCAAAGCAGCGCUGAGACGGGGCCAGACAAAGACGAAGAUCCGCUCUGCAGCUCGCAGUCCGCCUGCGAGAGGGAAGUCUGUGCGGGCAGUACAGCCGCUACUCCCUUUCAGCCACUGGGCUGGCCGGUCGGCGGGCACGUCCAUGCCUGAGCCGUACUGGGAGGAACUUCCCUACCCCGUCCUCAGCCUGACAUUCCCCAGUAGCUGUAGUGCCAUCCUCUGCUGUUCCAGGCGUGCUGGACCUGCGGAGGGCUCGUGACGGUUUCUCCGUCCGGGGAAAGUGUCUCAGUCCCUCCGGACAAAGUCUCUGCCCCACGCUGCCCUGAGAAACGCCUUGUGCCGCUCUUACCGCUGCGUUCCUCGGAGGUCACAGACUCGCCUGUCGUUAGAGGAGCGAGCCCUCCAGACCGCGGGCUGCGGACAGCGAGGAGCAGGGACGGACGCGGAGCAGCCGCCGGCUCUACUUGUACGCUGAACCUCCACGAAGGGCUCCCGCCGCUGCUCCCGGGCAUUUUUAUCCCCACUUUGAUGUGCGCGCGUCCUGCCCCGGGCUCAGCCGCGGGCGAGCGGCGGCACCGCGCGUGUGCGCGCGUGUCCGUGGGCCGGGCCGAGCGGCAGCGCGGGCAGCGGGCGGCGGCGGGCGCAGUCCCAGCGCGCACCGCUGGGUGGUGGUC